UUUGAGAGAUUUUGUGAAUUUCGAACGUUUAUGUUAUCCAUUGUGUCUGUCAGUCAUGUCUGUUUAGUUGUGUUCUUCAGUCAUAAGAAGAGCCACGAUUAACAAAAAAAAAAAUAUAUAUAUAUUUAGUGAAAAAUUCCAAAAAGUGCCGUAGAAAAUUAUAAAUAGUAAUAAUAAUAAUAACGAAAACAUUGUUUUAUCGAUAAGCAGAUAAAUUAUACGAAAAACGUGAAUUUCAAAACAUAAAUAAAAUUGUUGAAAAAUGCCUUUUUGGUAUUAUGACAAGGAAGAAUUAAAAGAUACACCUUCAAUUCGAGAUGGAAUUAAUUAUGAAACAGAAAGUCGAUAUAGAACUGAAGGUGCACGAUUUAUUAUCGAUACAGGAGCAAAAAUGGAUCUUGGAUAUAAUACAAUAGCAACGGGAGUUGUUUAUUUUCAUCGUUUCUAUAUGUUUCAUUCUUUUAAAACAUAUCCUCGUUAUGUCACAGCGAGCAGUUGUUUAUUUCUAGCUGGAAAAGUAGAGGAGACACCAAAAAAAUGUAAAGAUAUUAUUAAAACUGCCAAAUUUAUUUUGUCUGAACAAAAAUUUUCAACUUUUGGAGAAGAUCCUAAAGAGGAAGUAAUGACGUUAGAAAGAGUGUUACUGCAGACAAUUAAAUUUGAUUUACAAGUCGAUCAUCCUUACAAAUAUCUUUUGAGAUAUGCAAAAUGUUUGAAAGGAGAUAAAGCCAAAUUACAAAAUAUGAUCCAAAUGGCUUGGACUUUUGUUAAUGAUAGUUUAUGUACAACUCUGUGCCUUCAAUGGGAACCUGAAAUAAUUGCAGUUGCUUUAAUAUAUCUAGCUGGACGAUUAAGUAGAUUUGAAGUUGUCGAUUGGAAUGGAAGGCAACCAAAGCAUUUAAAAUGGUGGAACAUGUUUAUUGAAGAUAUAACAAUGGAAAUUUUAGAAGAUAUUUGUUUACAAGCCUUAGAUUUAUAUCCCCAGGCAAAUAAUUUUAAAAUUCUUGAAUCAAAUUCAACUGAUUCUACUAAUGGAACAACAAUAGAAAAAACUACAACACCACCACCACAACCAUCACUUGUUUCCAUUACAAAUUCUCCAAAUGUUCCUGUGACACUUACAAGGGUUUCAGCCACAGAAACUAAUUCAGUGCCUGUUAAUGAACGUCAACUGGGUAAUGACGUUAUUAUCGAGAAUUCAAGACUGAUUGAGUCUUCUACGGUGCAAUUUCAACCGUACACUAUGAAUUUUUCAAAUAAUCUUAUUUAUCCAACGGUUUAUCCUCCCUUAGAUUUAUCAAUACCACCGCCAAAUGUUGUGCCAAUGAAAUCCAUUCAUCCACCUCCUAAUACAAUGAGAAUUAUUCAACCUCCAACAAAUAUUCGACAACCACCGCCACAUCAAUUUCAAUCUCAUUUUAAUUAUUCUCCAAAUCUUUCUUAUAUUCCUCAAACACCUGGACCUCCACCAUUUAAUAAUCAAACCUAUUAUCCACCAAAAUUAUGAACUGUGAUAAAACUGAUUCAUAAUAUAUUUAUAUAUAUAUAUAUAUUUUGUUGUCUAUAUUUAUAUAUAAUUUACUCAAGAUGUUUGUUAAUAUAUAUAGAUAGAUAUUAUAUAUAAACGCGAUUGGUGUAUGUAUUUUUGGUAAAGGAAGUUUAAUUGUAAAUAGAAAAAAAAGAAAAAUUAA